GGGCUGCUGCUGUGAUGUCAUCGUUAUGCCUCCGGUUUCUGUGUGAUAUCCCUAACGGAGUUCCUGUAGAUGUGUUAGUAAUUUCAUAAAAUGUCAGAAGAUCUGAAGAAAAGGUUAGAAUUUCCCAAUUCUCUGAUUCAGACUCAGGCAGUGGCUCACCUUAUCGCUUCUGUAUUAAAAGAAAAUGUUACCUCAGAGAAGAUAAAACAGACCUCAAACCAGACUCCUGCACUAAAUUUACUUUGGGAGAAAUGCAGUAGUGAUGAUGUAGUGGUGAGGACCACAUGUUGUGAAGCGCUUGUGGCUCUGGUUGAACAGAAUCAUGCAGACUUCAACUACGUCCUCAAUGGGAUUCUUAACCUAGCUCCUUCUGCUAGGAACAUACAAGGUUUGGUAAAAUGUGUUUGGAGACUGCUAUACUUUCAAGCUCAUGAUGAUGAAAAUAGUAGAACACAGGACUGCAAGAAUCCCUAUACAAUCUGGAACCCCCCACAUCCAUUUAUCAGCAUGCUAGAAAACAGACCCGACUGUUGGCCUACUUUUCUGCAACAGUUUUCAUCUAUCUCUUGGCAGUGUCCUCAAAGGGAGAAGGCAACAAGUGUAUGUUUAAUGGCACCAUUUCUGAGAUAUCUUUAUUGUGAACCGUCACAUUUGCAAGAGUAUGCUGCCUUUCGUAUAAGUCUCCGGAAAACGCUACUUCAAGUACAAAGUCCAAAGGAUGGCAGUAAACCACCUGUACAGGAUGAACACCUACUUUGCCUUUUUUGUGAAAUGGUUGGUUACAUGCAGCUUACAAGUUUGACCGAGGUUGCAGAAGCUACAGAAUUCCUAAAAGAUUUGUGUGAAAGUCUACAGCGUCACCCAGAUUUUUGGGGGAAUGAACUUCAUUUACUCUCACUUCAGGUCUUGUGUGCUUGUGAAGUCAGCUUGAAGAUCGCAGGAGACUGUUUCUCACUAAUACAAAUUCUAGAAAGUAAUGUGGAGUAUCUUAAAGAUAGGUUCCCAUCAGAGCAGGCUUUAAUAGGAUUAAGUUUGCUUUUGCUUCACACACCUCCUAGUCAGCAGAAACCAAUCUUAAAUUUGGCUCUGAAGAUUAUUUCAUGCACAGGGGACACGAAGGUUCCAGCCUUAGCUCAGGUUUUGGUCAUGCCCCUUCUCCAUGUGUUAUCUUCCUCGACUUUGGCAGGAUGCGAGGAGGAUGAGGGUAUAUCACGAGAACAGCUGGCAAUGACUCUGUUGGAAAUGGUGCAGAAUGUUGAAAACACUGUGAAAGGGAAAUUGGUUUCUGAAAACCUUAUAUUUCCCAUAACUACCUGGAACUGUACAGUAAAUACGACCUUGAACAUUCUUAUCACACUUCAAGCUGACAAAAAUGCUUCACAUGACUGGCUGUCCUCUGUGUCAUCAAUGCUUCCUUUCACUAAACAAGCUUCCACUCACGUUUUGCUGCUUCUUAGUUUUCUUCUUAUUCAUGAAUCCGGACAGAAUCUACGUAAGGUUCUAAAGGUCACCACUGAGCUUGCCAAAGCCGAUUCAUUCCAGGUUCCGUAUUUAUUUCCAGUCUUGCUGUUCAAGCUUGAGCAUCCUAUGGAGCCGCAGGUAUCCCGUGAUCUUCUGUACACUUUGCCCACAUUGGGUACACAUAAGGUAUGUGUGCCCCAGAUCCUACGAGCAUUGCAGAUGUUAGGUAGAACAUCAAAGCUUCAACCUAUCUGUCUUCGCCUGAUGACAUCUUUGUGGCAAAAACAGGAUCGAGUUUAUCCAGAGCUGCAGAAGUUGAUAGCUCUGUCUGAUGUGUUUUGUGUGUCCACUGGGAAAGACACACAGUGGGAGAAAACUGUAGGAAAGGCAGCAACUAUAAGAGACAUCUGCCGGCAGAGGCCUUACCAACAUGGAGCAGACAUGUUGGCUGCUAUAACACAAGUUUUGAAUGACUGCACAAAACUUGAUCUUGCUACUCCUGCAGCUUUAGUACUGCAAGGCCUACAUGCGCUUUUCCAGGCUGAGGUGGUUGACAUCCGUUCUACUUGGGCUGCUCUGUCUCCAAAACUGAGCUGUGACACUCGCCCACUUGUUCUCAAAUCACUUCAUGAGAUUUUUGCAUUGGUUCCUUCCUUGACUGUAAGCACAGAGGAGUAUGAGAAAUUUAAAGCUCAAAUCAUCGGCAUUCUCUGGAGUCACACACAGAUUAAGGAUCCUAUUAUCUCCUCCUCUGCAUACAAGUCUUUGUCCAGCUUUGGAGCCGAUGAACACAAUAUUCUUCAUCUUCCUGAACAGGCCAGACCGGAGUUGAUUCACCCUGAUGAGUCUGAUAUUGCUGAAGAAGAAGAGGAGAAGGAGGUGGAUCUCUCUGUGCCAGGUUCUUCAUAUAUAAAGUUACUUGGACUAACUCCCCCUUCUGCUUUGCCUGCAUUUGAAGAGUUUUUGGGCUCCCUUGUGAAGCAGGAAAUGGCUAACAUGCCUCGUGGAAUAUACCAUACUGCCCUCAGAGGAGGGGCAAUAAGAUCUGACCAAGGCAAGACUGUAGCUGGAAUACCCAGUUUUAUGGUGAAAAUGUAUGAGAGGAACAAACAACCAGGUCUGAAACCAGGACUUGCAGCUGGCAUGUUGCUAUGUUAUGAUCUACCUGUGCAAACAGACAAAGAUGGCAGACCAAUUAAUCGCUUUCUUGCCAGUCGGGGGCGCAGCUACCAGCAGAUGUUGACAGCUCUUAUACACGAGGUUAACAUCCAGUCAUCUGAAUGGCAUCGCUCUAUCCUGCUCCCACAGUCCUGGCUUAGUUUUAUGUCCAGGACAUACCAUGCUGUUUUACAGGGAAGACAAGCAGAGCUUGAGAUGCAGCUGAAAUAUGGAAAAGAUGAUCCUCAGGAACUACAGUAUAAAACAUUUAUUGCUUGGCUAUGGGUGAGAGAUGUAUUGACUGACAUUAUCAGAUGUGCUGUGAAAGACAGCCCUGUGGUGAAGGGAAACUCGCUUUUGGCAUUGACUGGCCUGGCCGUUGCAGUAUCAAAAUAUGAAAGCAGUCUGCCUUCCGAAGCUGAUGGAGCCCCAGAGAUUCAGCCUGACAUUCUUCCCACCCAUGCCUGGAUUUCCAUGGUGCUGGAUACUGUGCUAAGUAUUGUGGAUAGUCACUAUCAUCCCAGAGGCAGAGUUUUUCCUUGGUUCCAACAUAAAUCCUAUUCUGGUGAAAACACAUCCAGUGUAAUUGCUCGCUCUUGUGCAGCCACAGCACUUUCUCUGUUGGUGCCAGUGCUCAUCGUAUCCUUUAAGGAGAAAAUGGAGGAAGUUCUUGGCAUAUUGAUGGCCCGGUUACCUGGGAAACCUGCAGCAGAUGACUCUCAAGCUCUUCAGAUCCACAUGGGACUUGCAAUGGGAAUGUUUAUCUCCCGACUGUAUGAAGAAAAAGUCAGUGAUGUGUCUGGGCAGCAGAUGAACCUAUUGAUGAUGAAGUCUCUUGAUGCACUAGAAAACUGCUGCUUUGAUUCAAGCCUGGAAUACAACAUGGGCUGCAUUCUAGGUGUUGGCCUGGUCCUGUCCUUUAUGAGUCAGAGCAGUCAGACUGACUGCCGAGUCCAUGUCUCUGCGACACUCCGCAAGCUGUAUGGAUGUCUGUGUGAAAGUGAAGAAAAAUCCAGAACAAUGCAAGAAGUUCUAGCAUACUCUGUUGCCUGUGGCACUGUCUCUGCCUUUAGUGCCGGUAUUAUAAAUGCAGAGGAGGCAGAAGAGCACAUGAACAAACUACGGACACUAACCGAACAAAACCAACAGACAUCAGGUUUAGCUUUGGCACUGGGGAGCAUCGUUCAUGGCCUGUCAGUCUGUGGGCAUGGAAAAGCUGAAGACCUGAACAACAGAUUGCUACCUGCAUGGAUAAAGAUUCUUCUUGCAGAGGGAUGCCCAACAAUGCAACGUCUGUCUGCUGUCAAUGGCCUAGUUGCCCUGGUAGGAUCUGAAAUCUGCAUUUACCAGCUGAAAUCUGAAGCUAUCCAGUCCUCCCAGUUUCAAAACAAACUUAAUGAAGUGAUCCGAUCAAUAACUCAGAUCAUUAACUUUUCUGGAGUUAUUGGCCUUCAAACAAAUGCAGCAUGGAUCCUGGGACAUCUGUACUUGUCUAGCCUGUCUUCUUCCCAAAGCAGAACUUCAGUUCCUCCUGACUUUGGUUAUCUGCCUGAAAAAAGCUUAAUACGGGUUGUAGUGGAUUUCCUUAUCUCAGCUGGAAAGAAAGGCCCUGAAUCCCUUCCUCCCUACUUGGUCAAGGUUUGUAUCUCCUCAAUUGCUGCUGCCGCAGAUGAACAUCAGUACCCUCCUGUUAAUUGGGCAGCAAUACUGGCACCUUUAAUGAGACUCAACUUUGGGGAAGAAAUUCAAAAGCUUUGUGUCCAAAUAGCAGUGACUCAAGCUCAGACAUCCCAGAAUGCCUCUGUGUUGCUAGGAAUGUGGGUGGUACCUCCUCUGGUUUACAGCCUUUCUGUUAAAACCAGAACUUAUCUUUUGACCUCACUGCCUCUUUGGAUAAAACAUGUUUCUGAGGACAAGUUGCAAACAUUUGCUGAUGUUUUUAUGGUGCCCCAAUUUGAAACACAGAAUAAAACAAAAUAUUUGGAGCUGUCCCGGUGCGUUUUACAAGGUGUAAGCCAAGCAAUGAAACUACCUAGCCCCCCACAGCACUGCUGGAGUUUCCUCUGCAAAACUACAGAGAACAUUUUUCAUCUUAUGCCAAAUGAGAUACAGCAAGCUGAUGUGGAAUUGUUUGUUGAAAUUGGAAAAUGCCUCUCAGAAAUGGCGGAUAGCGAAAUUGAAAGGAUAUGCAAUGUUUCAAAGGGGAACAUUGAGAAAAGCACAUUUGUGAGAGUGUAUUUAGUUUCACAAGGACGGCUCCCAUUGUCCUGCCUAACUGAUGUACUUACUGUAGCUGCGGAAUGCAAGGAGAACCAACCCAUUGUGUGGAUGCUUCUACAAGCUUUUUAUCAAGCACGGAUCACUAGCCACCAAAAUACAGGAGUUCUGAAAAGACUGCAGUGGUUGCUGGAUCUAAUUGGCCAUUUAAGGAAUGUUAUUUAUCUGUCCACCCCAGUGAAGAAUAUUGAACAAAGCAAGGCUGUGGACUUUCUGGUAUUGGUCUUUGCAGCCUGCGUAGUGGCAUGGGCAGACCACAGCAUUCCUCUGUUGCUGGGUGUCAGUGCUAACUGGCUGUCAUGGAAAGAUGAAGAACCGUAUCUAGGUCUCCAAUCUAAGUGUUUGGGAAAGCGCUCUGUGGAUCUAGUAAUGGUCCAGGAGUGUUUGACGGCACUGCCCAGAAGUCUACAACUUUUGGUUGGCAAGGAGCCAUGGAAAGAAAAUGUUCAAAAGUUUAUUGACUGGUUGAUGAAUGUUCUCGAUGGUCCAGAGGAAGCAUUAUCAGGAACAUCAAAGACUCUUUUUAAAGCUUCACUUCUUGCAUUAAGGGACCUACCAGAGUUUAAGAGGAAAGCUAUAUGGACCAGGGCCUAUGGUUGGUAGGCGUUUCUGGUUACCCUUUGGAAAGAGCAACAUUCAAAAAACUGGGACAAGGUGUCUAAAAAACAUAGUUGCCUUUUGAAUCACAAUUUGAUCAAUGCAUCAUCUGCCAUGACUGGAUUGAAGAGAAUGUUAAGGUUGCGCAUGAUGUAUGGACCAAAAACAUGCUCUUGAUCUAAAAUAGAUCAGAAAUAUGUCAGAUAUAAGUAGUUGUACUACAAUAGCUUGCCUAAUAAAUUGCUUCACAUGA